UGUCGAGUGAAGACUCAAGACAUUGCGCGGGUGUCAGUCCUCCACACUACACGCCAGUUGUUACGUAAAUCUUUACAGCCGCGGUUAAAAGUCGAAGUGUUUUAACAUCAAAUACUCAAUGUCAAAGAAAAUUAUUUAUUUUAUUUCGUAUUAACAGUGUCUGUUGUUCUUUAACAUUAAAAUGAUCACCAGAAAACUUUGUUUUUUAUUUUUGGCGGCUAUUGUUUCUCUAACUGGAUGCUCUGAAGAUGGUAUUAGAAGGAAACGCGUGCGUGCAGACAGUGCUGCCGUAAGAGAGCCGGCUCAAGCCUUAGAUGCUCCCGAGCCAGAAGUCAAAACCGCCUCGGCACCUAGUUCCUUUCUCAGCCCCUCAGUUAAAGAGUACCUUGAACUUGGAAUGGCUAUACCUGGAAAGCCGGGAAUUGAUUAUCCGUUGCUCGGCGCAGUGCCGUAUACAAACUUCUAUUGUGAUGAACAAGCCUACCCCGGAUUCUUUGCUGAUAUGGAUACACGGUGCCAAGCGUGGCACUAUUGCGAUAUAGAUGGGCGGCAGGCAUCCUUCCUCUGCCCUAACGGGACGGUGUUUUCGCAAGGUGUCGCAUCUUGUGAUUGGUGGUUCAACGUGAGAUGUGCCCUCUCGCCAGCUCUGUACCCUCUCAAUGCCCGACUCUACAGACGCAGGAAAAAGCAAAGAAAACCUAAACCGCACAGAGUGAUCGACAAGAAGCUUAUUGACGAAAUAUUUUUAUAAAUCUAGUCAUAGUUCGUUUAGUUGUAAAAAAUUCAAUAGA